CUUGGUAAGGGGGAAUAAGAAGAAACCAUAACAAGGGUAGAGAGGUGUUUGGCGAUGGCUAAAGCUCUGGAGGCAAGGUUUCCAAGUGGUCAGUUCUGACUGAAUAAGUGGGUGAAGGGAGAAUCAUGGGCAGAGAGUUAGUGGAGGAAGAAGAGCCAGUCGAGCCAGAUGAAGUAGAAGAAUAUGAUAUAGUGCUCAACUAUGAAUUCAAAUAAAAAGGAGUUGGGAGAUAAGGCUGGAAAGGGUGUGCAGUUUUAUUGAGUUCUGAUUGAUCGCUUGCUUAUGUAGGCUUGGGAAUUCGAGUGUUGCAAACUAAUAAUCUUUAUUCUACUUUUUUUUUUGCAAGCAAUUUUAUCCUAUUUUUUAAAACAAAUUUUUAUACACACUGACACACCCAAACAACCUAACGCUACGUCGCUACCCAUCUUCUGCCGCCCUCACCUCUCAUCGCCUCUCUAUCUCGCAACCUCGGCGUCUCCGCUUCUCUUCCUUAGGCGGCUCCGACUCUCUGCCUCGGCGCUCUCAUCUCAUCGUCUCUCUCUAUCUCGCAGCCUCUCCGGUUCCGGUUCUCCGCCAUAGGCGUCUUCGGCUCUUUACCCUCAGCGCUUUGAAGUUUGAAGCCCAUCUCUCAUCAUACCUUUGAGGCAAUCCAUCGAACAGUUGGGUGGUGUCUUUGAACCGCUUUAUUGUAAGGAAAAUGUUUCACAGAUGUUUUUACUUACGUAAUAUAUGCUCCCAUUUAAGCCCUAGAACCCGAAGAUCCGGAGCUUCGAUUCAAUUCGCCGCCUCUAUAUCGAGCCUCAAAGUUGCGUGGCGCAAGGACCGGAAGCUAGACCAAGCAAUUGAGAACGAUAAACGAUGGAGACUCUGUGCAAGGGUAGUGAGGGAGGUGCUAAACGAACCUGGUCAGGUAAUCCCUCUCCGAUAUUUAGAGAGACGGCGCGAGCGGCUCCGUCUGCGCGUAAGAGUUACAACUUUUCUUGCCCAAAACCCUGGAUUGUUCGAUACCUAUAUGGAUCGCAUCCGACCCAAAUCCGAUCCCGUCCCGUUCCUACGCCCUAGUAAUGAGCUUCGGCAAUUCAUGGAACAGGAAAACAGAAUUUAUAUUCGAAAUGAGAACUUGCUGGUUUCUAAAUUAUGUAAAUUGCUGAUGAUGGCUAAAGAUAGAGUAAUAAGUGCAGAUAAAUUGUUAGAGGUGAAGAGAGAAUUUGGUUUUCCGAAUGACUUUUUGGUUAAUUUGGUGCCUAAAUAUCCAGAGUAUUUCCGAUUGAUUGGGUCUCCAGGAGAGGGGAAAUCAUUCUUGCAAUUGGUUUCUUGGAAUGAUGAUUUUGGCAAGUCAGUAAUUGAGCAGAGAGCAGAGGAAGAAUCGAGGUUAACCGGAAUAAGAACAAUGCCAGCAUUUAACUGGAAACUUCCUCCUGGUUUUUGCAUUAAGGAGGAAAUGAGGGAGUGGAUCAGAGAUUGGAUGGAAUUGCCGUAUAUAUCGCCCUACACUGAUGUUUCGCACUUGGGGCAAGCGUCAAGAGAAAUGGAGAAGAGGACUGUAGGCAUUUUCCAUGAGUUGCUUUCUCUUUCUUUGUACAAGAGGAUUCCUAUUCCCAUUUUGGGGAAGUUUGGGGAGGAGUAUAGGUUCUCGAAUGCAUUUCCCAAUUUGUUCACUAGGCAUUCGGGGAUUUUUUACGUGUCAUUGAAGGCUGGGAUCAAGACUGCAAUGCUGAGGGAAGCAUACAAGGCCGAUGAACUGAUUGAUCUAGACCCACUUCUCGAGAUUACAGAUAAAUUUCUGGAGUUGCUGGCUGAGGGGCAUAAAAAGAAGUCUGAGCAGCUGAGAUUACAGAGAGAAAUGAUUCGGAAGGAUAUGAACUUCAUAGCAGCAAGGAGUGCAAUAAUAGAUGAUCAUGGAGACAAUUUAGGAGCAGUGAGAAAUUGUAAGGACCAUGGAAUUCAACAGAGAAAGCUGGUCUUAAAUGCAUGCCAAGCUGAGCAGAGAAUGUUUUCAUUGCCUUUGCAUAACAAGCAUGGAUGGAAGCAAUAUCCAUAAAGCAGCCUUCUUUUUAGCGUUGCUGGUGCUUUGCCCCAUGACCGAGAGCCUUUGGAAAGCCGUUGACCCUGUUUGCGCAGCACAGAUAACACUUGUUAACCAUGCAUGUUCAUUUCUGCCAUUUGUGGUGAACCCUCCACCUUCUCACCACUCGCUCGUCUCUGCUCCUAGCCGAAACCAUACAGAUGGACGACACCGGCAUGGGCAUGGGUCGCCGCCACACAGCAGCAGGGGGAAUCAUCAUCGUCAUCAUAGGCACCACCACAAUCCCGAAGAAGAGCUUUGCUGCAGAUGGAUGAGAGAAGUUGACGAUGAGUGUGUAUGUGAAUUGCUUGCUCAGUUGCCCGCCUUCCUUUCUAGGCCCGUCCACCAAUACUCUGUCCUCGUUGGUGAUGGAUGCCAUGAGAGCUUCCUAUGUGGUUCACGGAUCAAAAUCGAGGAUUGAAACUUUAUAUGAUCUCCAUAGGAUGUUUUUUAAGGCGUGGUAGAAAAUAUUAAUGUGUUUAUGUUUUGCAGUUUGCUAAGUGUGUCAUGCUCCAAGUAGAAUUAAAACACAAUACUUUCAUAUGCUGAUUUCGUCAAUUCGCGAUCAAUCAUUGAUUAUGAAUUGUGAUGUUCUUGUGCAGCAGUUUAUGAAUCAAGCAAUUUUCUCUUUUU